AAUGAAAUGGAAAGAUAAAUUGAACAUGAAAAAAAUGAAGGGAAAAAUAUGUAAAUGGUCCCUAAACUUUGGUCACCGGACGUUUUUGGUCCCUCCCCGGAGGAACUUCCGGAAAUAGUCCCUCCGGUGACUCUAACCACCGUGCCUGAGAAACUUUCCGGCCACCGUGCGAACAUGGACAUGCCACAUCAAUGAUUGAGCUGACGUGGCAUUUUAUUUUAUUUAAUAUUUAAUUUUUUCUGUAAUUAAAAAACAUUUUAAAAAAAAUUAAACCCUAAUUAACUAAAUUCCUAUUAACUAAAGCCCUAAUAACUAAAUCCCACUAACCCUAAAACCUAUUCCAUUUCCAAUACAAUAAGAUCUGAAACUAAGGAUCCCCAAAUCAUGAGUUAGGGUUCUUGAGUUUCCCCCAAAUUCAACCUUCCUCCUCAAAUUUGACUUCAUCCCCAAAUUUGACCUUCCUCUUCAUCAUCGCAAUCAUCUCUCAUCUCUCUCUGUUAGUAAUCGAGUUAGCUUCUUCAUCCUUGCAUCAUCUUCAUCUUCGCAUCAUAUUCAUCGAUCUCAUCGGGCUUCAUGGCAAGGACGACGACGUCUUGCAGUUCCUCGUCUCCGUCACUUGGUCGAUCCACUGCUACUGCCGUCCUGCGUCGAGGCUUCUGUGACUGUGGAGAAAGGAUCUUGUACCUGACCUCCCACAAUGAUGCCAAUCCUGGAAGGAAGUUCUGGAGGUGCAAAAAUUGGAAGUCACCAACAGAGUGUGGCUUCUUCUUGUGGGACGAUGAAACUGUGUUUGACGCAGCACAUAGAAGAACUGCAAUUGAACUCACCAAAACACUACAUGAGCUGGGUGAGAUGAAGAAGAAAGUGGAUGAUAGCAAGAAGGACUUGGACGAGAUGAAGAUUAAAGCAGAAGAAUUUAAGAUGAAGAAUGAUAAGGUUCAUAGGAAGCUUGAGAAAGAAAUUUGGAAGAAGAAUAUGGCCAUUGUGUGUCUUGUUGUGUCUUGGUUUUGGUUUGUGGUUAUGUCAGGAAAAGUAAAUGUUUCUGUGUAAGGUAGAUGAAAGGGGUAUUGUUGUGUAUGUAGAUGAAAGGGAUAUGGAUGAAAUAUUGAUGGAGAUUAAGUUUGGUUGUUGGAUUGUACCUAAAUGUAUGACUGGUUUUCCCUUUAAUUAAUGUAGGUGGGU